GCUGAAGAUGGAGGGUGUAGUCUUGAAUAACCUUAAUCUGAAGCAGGGGCAUUGCUUAGAGCUGAAGGGUCUCCUCGCAAAAGAUGCAAAAGGUUUUUGUGUGAACCUUGGGAAAGAUCCUUCCAACAUUGUCAUUCACUUUAAUCCACGUUUUGACCAACAUGGAGACUCAAAUGUCAUAGUCUGCAACUCAAAGGAAGCAGAUGCCUGGGGCACGGAGCAGAGGUCGACCAGCUUUCCCUUUACGCUGGGGAAUGAAAACACGGUUUGCUUCGAGCACCAAGGAGACAAGCUGAAGAUCAAAUUAUCUAAUGGGGAAGACUUCACCUUUCCAAUCCGUAUGGCUGCAGACUCUAUCUCCUUCCUAUCACUGGAGGGCAUUGAACUGAAGUCCCUUGCACUUCAUUAAUAUAAUUAAGUCUGUCUUGGUGUCAUCUACUACUGGAGACUAAUGGUAAACCUAAGAUACGAUAGUUUGGGCUACAGUAAAGUAACAUUUACAAAAUAACCAUAAUACUUUAAACUAUGCACAGAGUUGUAGUUCUAUUUUGUGGCUAGACAGCUUUGAUAUCCUAGCAGCUGCAUGUGCAUUUUUGGUGAACACUGGUCUCCAGAAGAAGGGAUUGGAAUGCAGUCUAACUGUCUUGUGAAAUGACACCAUUUUAAUAAAAUAACAAUUCAUCUGGUAUAA